UAAUAUAUUAAUAUUUAUAUAAGAUACACUUUUUUCAUUCAAUCUUAGUUAGAUAUGCGAUAGUAUAGGUAAUCCCCCUUUUCCCCAACAAUAUGGCUACACAAUCAUCCCCCACUACCACUUCUCGCCUACACCCAGACAGAAUCAGCAGUGGCUAUCUCACCUACUGCAUCGUUUCUGGAAUAUUCAUGCUAAUAGCAGCAAUUUGUGUCGUCUUCCGAUUUAUUCAACGUUAUAAAAUCCGAGACUUUAGAGGAGAUGACUGGACAAUCUUGGGGUCGUUUGUGUUCGGCAUGGGCGUUUUUAUCACCAAUAUUCUAAUAUCAUUGCCUUCUCUGGGUGCUGCUGGCUACCAUAUUAAUGAGUAUUCACUUUCUCAACUUCACGUAUGGGCAAAGUUAGGGUUAGCUGCCGAGACUUUAUACAACCCAAGCAUCGCUCUUUCUAAAAUCUCAGCUUUACUUUUUUAUCGUCGGAUUUUCUCCGCCGAUGGACAAUUCCUAAUCUUUAUGAGGAUCAUGAUAUUCCUUAUUGUAGCACAGUUUUUAUCUUCCGUUAUUGGCCUAAUAUUUUCAUACAACCCUAUAGAGGCACAAUGGAUUGUUGAAAUGCCCCAUACGACAAUUAACACGAAGGCUUUUUACAUUACCACUGCCGUCAUUAACAUCCUCUUGGACAUAGCAAUUCUUGGAAUCGCUCAAGUUAAAGUGUGGCAACUACAUUUAGAUACAAAACGAAAAGUUCUACUUUCCCUUGUGUUUCUGCUUGGGGCAUUAACCGUUAUCGCAAGCAUAUUACGCAUCGUCUAUUUAGAAACGGUGGACUCUGCAGAUUCUACUUAUACUUUAACAACAGCCGGAAUUUGGACCAACGUUGAAAUGUUUUUAUUAAUCAUUUGUUCAUGCCUUCCUAUCCUAUAUAGCCUUCUACGGCUGCAAUUCAAUAGAGGGCACCAGGCAAACCCAAAUAUAAAUGCCAGAAAAACCAAGAAGAAUGGUGGUAGCUUGUUAACAUUUGGAAGCGCCCCGGCGAGGCCUAAAAAGAGUAUGCUCAGCAAUGAUAUUGAGUUGUCUGGUAGUACAGCUGGAUACCAUGUUAUUUGUGAGACCGGAUGCCAUGGAGAAAUGGAUGGUAUGGCAUAUGGAGGCCCAGUUCAAGUGCAGGCAGAAUAUUCGGUUUACAGAUCGGCAUGAAGGGAUUUACGUAUUUAGUGACAUCGAACUCCAACUUAUCAUCUAGGCACCCUUGAGGGAUAUCAUUAACAGUACCGAUCUACCUAAAAGUAGCUUUCCUGAAACUUACGUACCUAAGCAGGCAUGCAACUGCAUAUAAAUAGAUACAUACGACUGUA